AUGGCAGGCAUGAAGAAGCGCAAGCGCGCUGAAGCCGGUUACUCAGACGACGAACCCCCGGUCAAUGACACGUCAAAUGCCAGUAAUGGCUUUGGUGUGGCGCAGACACUGUCUUUGCUCCGUGACUCCAAGCCUUCUGAAGAAACUGAAUCUACUACAGCUAUGCAAUUGGACGAUACACCAAAGCCCAAGAGCGAUGUGCCGGCACAAAGACCUUCGAAGAAGAAGCGCGUCGACGGGGAGAAGACAAAAUAUCCAGUCCUUACCUACGUCGAUGGGCGACUACAAUCUUCCAUUCGGAUCGCAGACUUGCAGGGCCUUUUGCUCUACUGUUUCGCGGAUGGCAUUGCGCCGCAGUGGAUUUCCGUCAAGCACUCGGGCCAUGUGAGGAAGGUAGUGGCAUUGAUGGUGCCGGGUCUGGAGAUUGGCAUGUUUGACGGGACAGUUCCGUUGCAACCACCUACGGAGGAGAGCUCGCAAACGAAUCAGAAUGACACUGCAAGUGCCGAGGGGCAAGAGGAGGACCCUAAAACGACCGAGUUUAAUCGUUGGAAACAGGGGCUGCCGCUCGAAGACCGAUCGCAUCGGUUUAACCCUCGCCCUUUGUCUCGCGAUGGACUUCCAGAUUCAUUACAGCCGCUGGCAGAUAUGUUUCCUCAUGUUUGGCCGGUCAGGGCGCCCGGAGAUUCGAAGUAUAACAAAGUUCACUCGCCGCUCCAAGCAAUCUUGUUGUCUGCGCUUCCCAAGAACAAGGAGGAUAGUCAAAAGAAGGGUCCCAAACAGGCACGGAUGGAUAAGAGUUUCGUUCCCAAGCGGACUCCGAUAACGACAUUCAUCAGUUCUCUCGAGGACCUCCGUGAAAACGAGUAUGCUCUACAUCCGGCACUUUUCACGAAGGAAAAUGAGAAAUCCGAUCUGCUGCAAAGCCGCAAACGAGCUGGCCAGGAUGCUGAGGCCGGGUGGGUCGAUACCCACGUCGUAAACUUGGAGGAAGGCGAUGUUGCCGCGGCCGAAAUCCAACAGGGAAGCAUGACAGUAGGGCGUACGGUAUUAGCCCUCGACUGUGAGAUGUGCAUAACGGAAGGCGGAAAAUCCGAGCUCACACGUAUAAGCUUGGUCGGCUGGGACGGCGAAGUCGUACUAGAUGAGCUCGUGAAGCCGCAGUUGCCCGUCAUUGACUACCUUACCCGGUUCUCAGGGAUCACUAAAGAGAUGCUGGAUCCUGUCACGACUACCUUGGCUGAUAUCCAGCAGAAGCUCCUCACUAUCUUAACUCCGCACACUAUUCUGGUCGGCCAUUCACUGAAUUCGGACUUGAACGCUCUCAAGCUCACUCACCCUUUUAUUGUCGACACUACGUUCAUUUAUCCGCACCCUCGUGGGCCACCUCUCAAGUGUAGCCUGAAAUGGCUUACGCAGAAGUAUCUCGGAAAGGAAAUUCAGAAGGGCCAAACCGGCCAUGACUCCAUCGAAGAUGCUCGCGCCGUGCUUGAGCUGGUGAAACAAAAGUGUGAGAAGGGCGAGCGUUGGGGAACCAGUGAUGCCCAGAAUGAAAGCAUCUUCAAGCGCCUGGCACGUUCUACGCGGUCAGGCAAACCAAACCCGACAGGGGAAGGCCGUACUGGAGCUGUGGUUGACUGGGGAAGCCCCGAGCGUGGAUUCGGAUCGCAGGCGACCGUCGCAAUCGGGUGUAGCGAUGACGAGGAUGUGGUGAAAGGAAUCUCAUCCGUCGUAAACGGAGAUGACAGAAACGCCUCGGUUCCAGGCGGCGGAGUUGAUUUUACCUGGGCACGGAUGCGAGAACUGGAAAUGUAUCGAGGCUGGUGCAAUCGUAUGCCAGACCCCAACAACGCGAAUGAGUCCACAACACUAGCCCCUCCCCCUGAAGAAACCACGCCGACUGGCCCUCCUGCGUCCGCUCCCUCGGAGACUGCCCAGAAGAGUCUCAUUGAUACAGUAUCUCGUACAGUCUCUCAUAUUCAACGUGUCUAUGAGUCUCUUCCUCCAUGUACUUUGUUCCUUGUGUACUCGGGUACUGGAGACCCGCGCGAAGUCAGUCGGCUACAGGCCAUGCACAAGCGCUUCCGGGAAGAGUUCAAUGCUAAGAAGCCAUGGGACGAGCUGACAGUCAAAUGGACGGAUACUGAGGAACAAGCCUUAAAAAAGGCUUGUGAGAGAGCUCGAGAAGGCUGUGGCUUUAUGUGUGUCAAAUAG